AAUGACAUCCCCCUUCUCUUUCUUCUCUCACUAGCCUCUCUCUCUCUAACUCCAUUCCUAUACAAGAGAGAUUAAUUUUUUUCUUCUUCUUCAUCACCACCAUUAAUUUUCUCAAGUACCCAAUAAAAAAUAAUCAUAAUAGUACUAAAAAGAUUACAACUUUACCAUAAAAAUGGUGGUUUUUAAGAUGGGUUCUUCUUUAUUUCUGUUGUUUUUCAUUUUAUUUUGUGUUACUGUUAGUGGAUAUGGAAAAGAUUUGAGUUUGCCUGUUAUACCAUUUGAUGAAGGGUAUUCUCAUCUUUUUGGUGAUGAUAAUUUGGUCAUUCAUAAAGAUGGCAACACUGUUCAUUUGUUGCUCAAUGAAAGAACAGGGUCUGGAUUUGUUUCUCAGGACCUUUACUUACAUGGGUUCUUCAGUGCUUCUAUUAAGCUGCCUGCUGAUUAUACUGCUGGUGUUGUUGUUGCUUUCUAUAUGUCGAACGGUGAUAUAUUCGAGAAGAAUCACGACGAAAUUGACUUCGAGUUCUUGGGUAAUAUUAGAGGCAAAGAUUGGAGGAUUCAGACUAAUAUAUAUGGUAAUGGUAGCACCAACGUUGGUCGAGAAGAAAGAUACAGUCUUUGGUUUGAUCCUUCUGACGAGUUUCAUCAGUACAGCGUCUUAUGGACCGAUUCACAAAUCACAUUUUACGUCGAUAAUAUUCCCAUUCGAGAGGUGAAAAGAACAGCAUCCAUGGGAGGUGAUUUCCCUUCUAAGCCAAUGUCUUUGUAUGCAACAAUAUGGGACGGUUCUGAUUGGGCGACAAAUGGAGGAAAAUAUAGAGUAAAUUACAAAUACGCCCCUUACGUUACUUCCUUCUCCGACUUUGUGCUGCAUGGAUGUGCUGUCGAUCCAAUUGAACAGAUUUCAAAAUGCGACACUGCACCGAAUUCCGAAGCAAUCCCUACCGGCGUCACUCCUGCCCAAAGAAUUAAGAUGGAGGCUUUUCGGAGAAAGUACAUGACAUAUUCUUACUGCUACGAUCAAACUCGGUACAAGAGCCCUCCAUCAGAGUGCACGAUCAACACCCAAGAAGCAGAACGACUCAAAUCAUUCGAUCCCGUUACAUUCGGCGGAGGCAGACGCCACCGCGGAAAACACCAUCGCAGAAGCCGAGCAAGCAACGCGAACGACGCAAUUUCCAUUUGAGGGAGUUUGCAUAUGUCACAAAAGGGAAGAUCAUCAUUGCCAUCAUUAUUAAAGAAAGAUUAUGCUGAUUUAGCUGGAGUCAUCAGUUAUUUUUUGUGAAUAGAGGAGAAAAAAGAUCAUAGAUUUUCAUUGGGGUGGUUGAGAAGGUUGAUUGGUAUGUAUAUAGUUUCAUACCUAUUAUUAGUUUUAUUUUAUUUUAUUAUUUUUCCUUGAUUUAUAAUAUCAUUGAUGAUGUGUUGUCUUCUUUUAAUUUAAAAUGGCUUUUACAAAUUGAAUUUGGUGAUGAUUUUCUGUACUUUUGAAGGACCCAUAGGUUCAAUAAAUAAAAAAAGAAGACAUCUUUUAUUA